AUGGCCGAACAAGCUGUCAAUACUCCCCAUAAAGCCUUCCGAGGAUCUUUGGAGGGUCAGGUUGUCACAAUUCCUAGCAUAUACAAAUUGAUCCCCGGGUGGCAGCCAAACCUUCAUGAAGGGUACAAGCGGGCGCGUGAUGACGAGCUUGGUCCCUGGCUCUUUUGUGCAGCUGAUUUUGGCCGAUUUGCCGCUGUCUGGGUGCCGAAUUCUCAGUCCUACCGCGUUCUUUGCACAGCGGCCAAGUAUUUCGCCUGGUAUUUUGUAUAUGAUGAUAUUUUUGACUGCGGCUCGCUGAAGCAUGAUCAGCGCGCCGCUGAGAAUUAUAGGCAAUCAAGCUUGCAAUAUUUUCAAUUCACCUUACUCGGACUGGGUAGCCUGCCAGAACUGUCAGGGUUUGACUCGGAGCUUCAGAACGCGUUACAUUCUUGGGAUGAGGUUGGAGAGCACAUUCGUGAAGUCUAUUCCGAAAAUACGCGUAAAGUCUUAUGUGACGAAAUGAUCAGAUAUGUUGGGAGCCUGAACAAUGUCGACAGUAUUUUCAGAGACAACGAUCUGCCUUCAGUUGAAGAAUACUGGAACCGGCGUGAGGCUACCGCUGGUGUUUACUGCGUGGUUGCCACAAUUCCGUUCAUUUACGGAGUAGACAUUGAACAGGCGGAUAUCAAGAUUCCCGCCAUGCGAGACCUGUGGAAGCACACUUCUUAUUCAUCAAAUGAUAUGUUCUCUCUCAGGAAAGAACUUGGUGAAAAUCAAAUCGAGAAUUUGAUUCCUGUUUUGAUAUUGAAUUGUGGACUUGAUUGCAACACUGCAAUGCAAAAAAGCUACCAGCUGCUCCACAAUGAAGCAGAGGGUCUUCAGCAUGCGAAGUCACGCCUAUUCCAUAGCUCUCAACAGGUAUCACCAAACAUCUCUGCGGCAUUUAUCAAAGGCUACCUUGACACCACAAUGGGUCUUGCUCACUGGAGUUACUGUGGCGCUCGAUACUUCAAAUCCUGGGAACAAGAUGACCAAAAUGUGAUCAAAUUCACGGUUCAGGGGCAAACACAACGCAAAAGCGAGAUCAACUUAAACGAGCAGGUCCAAGGUCCAGGUUCUGUCACUUGGUAUCGGUUUUUGCCCAUUCAGAUUUUCUUCAUCACCCCAACAAUCUUCUCACUGGUUGCAUUAAUGGCUAGAUCGACUGGGUUUCGUUGGUUCUCGCGUGGUUAA